CUUUUCUUCUCGAUGCAUCGAAAAGCAGGAAUGCUAGUUCAGUUCUCACACUACUAAAAUAGGAUACUUGGUGAGGAUUUACAUGGCUAAGAGAACCAUCUUUGUCCUUUCUAAAUAGCAAUUCAACCAUUUCCUCCUUCUCUCGUCACUUAACUUUUCUAAUACGCCCUAAGACACGCCUUUACAUUACAUUGCGAUACGCCAAGCUACACCAGAUGUCGUGAUAAUAAUCUCGUAAUCGGUAUCCAUCUGUUAUUCGAACGGGCAACAAGCCCCCUUCCCCUUCUUUCGUAAAGUGUGAUCGUGCGUGUUGUCGCCAUGCAGAGUUACACAACCACCGCCGUAUAUCAGCAACCAUCUCAACAACCACUCCAGCCUCCAGUCCCGGAGACAGUUCCGCAGGCAGUUCCACAGGCAGUACCUCAGGCAGCACCUCAGCCAAGGGACUACUUCCAACGCACUCCGCCGGUCUUUCAGUCGAGCGGCUUGGCAGCUAAAGUGCCCUUCGAACUUCGAGCAAAUCCUCUCAUCGAUAGGAACCAUCGGGAUUUUAUGAGGAUAGAACGAUACUUCUUUACGUUACUCCGUAACACCAAUCUUACUCUUCAUGAGAUACUCGAUAAUACAUUUGAGCCUCACGAGAUUAGCAUCCUCGAGCCAGCCAGCCAUCCGCCGGAACUGGUUAAGCUACAGAAAGCAAACUCCAUUCGUUAUCAGCAGAUAUUAGAUACACGCUUCAAUGGCAACGUCCCUACACUACAACUCAAGUUAACUUUUCUCUAUUUCGGGUUACCAAUUGCUCCAAUGAAGCCAGGGUCGUCUCAAACGUUGGUGAUUACAGACCUAGACUUUUUAGAGGACAAGAUCCAGAUUGCGACCGACCCUCUCGGGUUCCUAGACGAGUACGCCGAGAGAGCGUACGGCGACCCUCACAAACAUGUUCCUGAUCGUCAUUUUCUUCAGCUUCCGCUAACACAGGAGUUUACGUCUUUACGUAUCCGCCCUCAGCCAUAUGAGGACAUAUCGGCAUUGAGACUACGCGGCGGCGCGUUGCCCUCGAAAAUGGACUGGGAACCGGAGGGUGAUGACAAUUCGGAUCCAGCCACCAGUUCUGUAAGGAUUUUUGGAUACCAAGGGUCGAUUCUAGUCGAACCUGACUCCUCAGCAUACGAAAGUUUUGUCGAGGCCGUAGACCAGCUCCUAGGAAUGAGAUACAAGUACAAUUAUUCCAUAAGACUCCAGAUAUGGGACAAAAAUGGCUCCGACACCAAGCCUAUCACACAAGCAACAGGCAUGAUCUACCAGAAAAACAAGAGACCUAGCGGCGUCGGCAAUAUAUAUCCAUUAGUUGAGAAACUAUUCAGCCAAGACAAUAAUGAUAGGCGGUACUGUGGUUUUGUAUCCUUCGACAAGGAGGAAUCUCCCGAAUUCUACCAGCCAUCCCAAGAAGUCGAUCGAUACGUUGUUCGUGUGUGGGAUAAUGAUAGAAAGAACAUGGCAUAUAUGAAAGUUCCAAAGUCUCUACUGUCAACCCACAAACCGAAUCAAUUCAGCUAUGAAUACUUGCGUGCCAUGCGGGUACUCUUCCCAAAAGCUCCUCAUACGUAUUUCAGGUUCUCAACGAGCGGUGCGGAAUUAACGUAUGGACUACUCGACCCACCUCCUGUAGCCUGGGAUUCUGUUAUCGAACAGCAUAAGAAGGACAAAUUACCUCUUCUAGCUUUUGGCAGAAUUGAGGUACCAGAUGAUGCCGUGCCUGUUUUCAUACCGGGGUUCCACUCCUACGACACCGACUUUUCGGGCAGAUUACCGGUAACCUCCUUAAGCAGAGACGAUCUUAAAUUAGACGGAGGGGAUAGCGACACGGUUGGGCUAUCGAAGCUGAUUAGCGCGGUGAAUGCCGCCAACCCAUUCGCGAUCAGCCACAAGAAAAAGAUCGGCCUCGAAGUCUGGAUUCCGGGAGAUGGAUUCUUAAACUCCUCGAUUUCCGGCCGGUUCAUCAAUUUCGUGAGUACCGAGAUCAAUGAGCAGACAAUAUAUAACUGGAAGACUGCCGUGCGCAUAUAUCAAGGGCCAAGAAUCCAUGCCGAACCUGGAAAGAUAAGCAUCGUAGCUCGACCCGUGUUCAGCACUUAUACAAUUAGUGCGAAGAACGAUGCCAAACGCCAUUUCUCAGUCGAUCUCAAUGAUAUAAAACUAUCAGAGUUUAAGGAAGAGGUCAAGUCUAAGCUAUUCCCCAGAUAUCAAGCAACGUCGAAGAAUCUAGUUCUACAUCUAGUGCAGUCAACUUGGUCAACCAACAAGAUCGACUUCGCCGUCAGUGUAGAUACUGACGAGGACGGGUGGAGAUGGAUUGUGAGACAUAUCACCGAACCGGACAUAACCAUAUCCCUUGAGUAUUGGGUCAACGACUGGGACAUAGAAAAGGUAUCGACAUGGGGACCACGCUACGACACUACAGAGCCCUUCACGCUAACGUCGCAUUUCGAUUCGAUGAACAAAUAUUUUGCGCCGUAUGACCCGCCAGUACAGCGAUUGUUUAAAGGGUCAAAAAACAAUUUAGAUGGUGCCGCGAGGGCACAGAGGCUAAGAGAAAGGCUGUUCUGGGAUAGCACAAGCAUGUUCGCCAGUCCGACUAAGCCCGCAUUACCGCUUCAAGGCCCGCCUAUCGAGACUCUCAUCAGGACGGGACCCAACGUGCCGGCGUUUACCACCGCGAUGCGGACUCCUAGUGAAGUAGCCCGACUCGAAAGAGAAGUUCACACGCUACGGGGAAAUAUUCUCGACAGAGUUAGGGAGUGCCCUUAUAAAGACUGCGGGCAGGUUUUCCGCUUCCAAGAUGGGAGUGAGCUCGAUCGACACUUGCGAGAGGAUCAUACUACUCUCCAGUGUUUCCUAUGCGACAAAGAAAAACACCUACUCCGGUUCUAUGAUACCCAAAGUAUAAGACAGCACUUUCUUGACAAACACUAUAAUAGCAUUAAGGGGGAGCUUCUCGAAGUCUCUGGGGGCCAGAAGCACGAUACAGUGGAACACAGACAUUGCAACCGAUGCGGGCGUGAUCAGACCGUCUUGAACAACCCAGCCGAUCAAGCAUACCAUGCUAGUGUAUGCAGGGUUGGCCCGCGCAACCAUGCGGUAUUCUGCGGGUUCUGUGGACGUACCAAGGAAAACGUGUCGGAAGCAUGCGAAUGCGCCAAGUUUAUGGACGAGGAGUCGGCGGAAGACGAUACAGUAAACUGCAUAACUUGCGGUAUCGAAUACGAUUCGACCAUGAGUCGGUCUUACCGCGACCAACACCGCUACCACUGUAGGCUACCUGGUGGCAGACCAACCGAUUACUGUCCCGGCUGCGGUAUAGGUCUCGCCGACAAGAACGAGGGUGAAAAGUCGUCGCAUAUGUCUACAUGCACCAGAUCACCACUGCCACACGACAAACCUACUUAUCCCUCGGGUCAUGAAGUGCCUCCAGACACCCCUUCUAAAUUUUCCGAUGCUUUCACCCCUCCUCCUGACGACAGUAAAAUCGAUCCUCCCCCUAAGAUUGAGACAAAGAAGCCUAUUCCGAGCGAACCUGAACGGCUUAAACAAAACACCCGUCCCAGCCCGCACCAGGAUGCUGUUGAUGCUGUUGAUGCUGUUGAUGCUGUUGAUUCUGCGCCAUCGGAAAAUAUAGGAGAUCUUCUUGACGCCCUAGGUCAAAACGAGCCUUCUAUCGAGCCUUCUAUUGAGCCCAAAUCAGCGGAACCGACCUUACCAUGGAGAGAAGCAACAACAUCGGACCCACUCCCACCUCGUCGAUCCCGUUCUCCUCCGUGGGAUGAAUUUCUCGAACCGCAGUCGGGACCCCGGGCGUUCUAUCCGGAAGCCGACUGGAGAUGUUCCCGAUGCUUCAGGGCUGCAGGAAAAAGCAUGGAUCAAAUAGAGAUGCACAUGCACGAGAAAGGGUCUUGUAGAAUCCGUCGCACCUUGGGCACGACAAAAUACGGCUCCAUGCCUAACCGUAGCGGAUGGAUCCUCCCCGACGAGAAAUUUGACUUUAGGGAGGCAUAUUACAAGUUUGUCAAAGAAUAUCCGGCAUACAAAUACACCAUGUUCCCGGUGCGCGAAGAGAGUAUCAAGUCGGUCUGGGAAGACCCCUACACCCUAGAAAAGGCGACCGGUUCCAUUGAAGACGACCCGAACCACAGAGGGCCGAAGUACAUGGAGGCUCGGAGCGACGAGCUACCUUGGCCGCCGUAUAAGGGCCAGACAAUACCAUUAAACGAACCGGAACCAAAUUCACCAAAAGUUAAGAGCUUCGUACCCGCAGACAACGAGAAAUUAGGAGAAGCAAACAAAGACGGUAGUAAAGGCACCGAAGGGCUUGACGACGAAAACCUAGCCGAUCCGGAAGAGCUAGAUAGUAACUCUAAGGUCACGACCCCACCCGAGCACAACAUCCUGGUGUCGACGGAAGAAGAUGACAGCAGCCCAGUAACCUCUUCAAGUGAAUCAGAUAGAUCAGACAGGUCAGAGCAGUCAGAGGAAUUAGACGAGGAGUACGAUCCGACCAAGCAACCGGCUGAGACAGGGGACGAACUGGAGGAGGAAUAUUCGGAGAAAAGCGCCGUGGAAGACCCUAUUCAAGAACUGGAAACAGUUUCGCCCGAGAAGUCUAAGAAGCGUCCCACACCUGCAACACCGCCAUUCGAUGCUGAGGACCGUACAUCAUGGUCGUCUGUUAAAAGGCGUACCGGACCAUCGCCUCCAAAGGCUAAACCCGAACAUGUUCCCGUUAAUCUUGACCCGCCUUCGCCCCAUGGGAUUGACUAUGUUCCGUGGAUCACCCCGCAACAGAUCGAUUCUUCUCGGCCGGAAAAUAAACGUAUUCACUUACCCGAAUGGGAUCCCGUCAUUUCGGUCCCCCCUAUCUGGAAGGAGAUGGACGAGCUUGCCCGAACGUUUGGACGGGGUUCCCAGCCGCCGCUUAUGAAACCAUAUAUAUCCAGUGUGUCACAUUUUAAGCGAUCUGCAUCCGGGCCACCUUCAGCCAAGCCCCAGACCCGGGGGAGAGAUUCCUUUAGCAAGGGAAGGAAAUAAAGAGGUAGAUGCAAUUUAUCAUCCAGCAGGAGGAGGCGAAAUGGAAUUGAGCUGGAGAUGCGCGUGUUGAUUAGAGAGAAUGGGAUGUACAAGAAUAGAAGCGCACUCGAUCAUUAUGGCUUGGAUUUACAGCUUGGAUUUCCUUUUUGUCUUUGAGAAGGGGGGUUUAGCCGAACCCAGAGUAGCUAACUACCUAUCUUCCUCUCAGUUUAUAGUUAGCCCUUCGAUAGCAAAUGUGUCAAUGAGUAGGUAGUAUUCUGAUUCGCAGGUUGUCUUUGCGUGGUAUCUCCGCGUAAUAUGUUAUUCGGUACCGUUUACGUGGACUCUCUUCUCAAUAGAGUGGUGUUUAGACUCGAAUUUCCAUAUUGCUACCUAAAUAGAUCAUAUAUUGUGCUAUUCGCUAGCAACUCGA